ACUUUUAUUAUGAUUGAUGUUUGUUUUGUUGUGAAUCCUCCAAUCAUCAAUCAUUGAACUAAGCCUAAUCUAGACUGGGUUCUGCUUCCCCGUUAACCGGAAUACCUCAAGACUUGGUAAACAAUUGAAAUCAACCUUUCAAAAUACAUAUCACGACAAAGGACGACAACAGGAACGACUCGCUCUCCUUUCAAUCGGUAAGUAUCCAUAUCCCAGAAGCAGAUUGGCAUCAGAGUAUUAGGAGUCCAUAGAGGCAAAUAGUCAAGUCAAGAAAGGGUACACAUCGCAAAAUAAACAAAGCCCCAGCCACUUUUUCCGAUCAUUUUCUUCGACUUCACGAACAACAACCUCGCAUGGAAGUAAUGGGUGAGUAAUGAUGCCCGUCUCUAAUAUACGACGCGCUGCGGUGCGCGAAUUCUUCAAAUGCGUUUAUAGAUUCUAACUACUUUAACAUAUUGAAGAUCAACAACCAUCCGGCGAAAAAAUUCCUGUCAAACGAUCUAGAUCCAACACCGCGAUGUCCUCCAAACCACGCAAACGUCCUCAAUCUCGAGCUUCCACAACUAGUAUUCAUAGCGGACUUGCACAGCCAGUAUUGGAUCAGCAGUAUAUGGACCCGGCACCACAGUGGUAUGAGCACAACUCCAAUCCACAACAUAACAAUAUUCCUCAAUUGUCAGCCGAAGAAAUGGUUAUGCAUAGUGCUUCGCAACUACAAAAUCCCCGACCUUAUGAUAUGGAGCAUUCCCUCAAUGGCGUCUCGAAUCACAACAUGCAAUCUUAUCAUUCGGAAGUGCAAUAUAGACCUGAAAACGGACGUCAAUCUAUACCAAUGGAUAAUUAUGCUCAAAAUUAUGGAGAGGGUGACAGUCAAGUCUUAGAAGGUCGCAGUGAUGAGCAAGAUGAGGUAGACUCCGUAGCAGGGACAACUGGAACAACAAAGAAGGCCUCGAGAUCAAGCGCCGCCAAUGAGUUGGAAAUGAGACAGUUAUUCCACUCAAAUAAACACCGCACCUUACCAGAAGUUGCUGCGGAACUUCUGUUAAAUGAAAGAGGACCACAGUCGGAAAGACAGAGACAAGUAUUUGCUAUGCUCUGGUAUGUCCAUCAUGUUAUAUAGCUUGGAUCACACUAACAAAUUCCUUAUAGGAUCAACAAAGUCUGCGAUAAAGGUACAGGCUCCGUUCCAAGAGGUCGUGUCUACGCAAACUAUGUUUCAAGAUGCGGCACAGAGAAGGUAACGGUCUUGAAUCCUGCUUCUUUCGGCAAACUCGUUCGUGUGCUUUUUCCGGGAUUAAAAACUCGGAGACUUGGUAUGCGCGGAGAGUCAAAGUAUCACUACGUCAACUUCAGUCUCAAGGAUGACCAGCCACAAUUGCAUGAGACUCAAACUCAGCAACCCAUCACAAACUUCAACGAUGCGAAUUUUGCGCAAAGCUUUAAGUAUGUUAAUCACCAUCUCCUAUGUAAAUUUAUUGCCAAUAUUGAUCAAGCAGUCAAAGCAUGACAUCGCAAAUUCAGUACCCCGUGGAUAAAUAUCCGAUCGAUAGAGCUCCUUUUCCAUCGCCCGCAAUUGCUCAAGAACCCGAGCAACGCAAACAACGAUCGGGAGGAUUCAUUAGACCUCACAGUCUCUACGCCCACCCAGUGGUCGCGAAGCUUGCAGAUCUCGAAUGCACAACAAAGACACCUCAAGUCCUUCAUUUUGCGCCUUUAGGAGAGCCUUCUUUGCAAGAAUAUGGAGCUAUUUUACUCCCCAAAAUCCAGCCAUAUUUGCCGCCGGGCACGGAUUCAGAUUCAGCACUUGCAUUAUCUGCACUUUAUCGCUCUCAUUGCACUUCCCUCGUUGAACAAGUUCGUUUCUGUAAAGAGAAAACAUUCUUCCAUCUUUUCACGGCUUUUCAAGGCACUCUAACGAUGCCCGUGCAAAAAUUGUUUGCCGAUAAAGCCCUCGCGCCAUGGAUUAACCAGUGCGAUAUUAUUAUGUAUCAAAGUAUGAUGCGUGUCGUGGCACCUCUGACACUUCAAGUUGUGCCUAAAGUAGUUUUGGAUACUUUACGCAACAUUUCCGACCGUCUAGUUACACAUAUUCAAAACUCAUUCCACGAUCAACCGGCACAUGUUAUUGAGGCGAAGGUCGGACCAGCUACAACUUUUGCUAGUCUUUUGGACAAAGAAUUAAGAGUUAAUCUAACUGCUCAUGCUGCAGCAAACAUGCUGUCCAAUCCUUUCAAUCGUGAUUCAAUGUACGAGGACUUUAUAACCAUGGUCAACAUAAGAAAGGUUGCGGAAAGCGUGCCUACGAGAGGGAUGGAUGACGUGGUCAAUCUGUUGAUAACGGAACUACGUGAUCUUCUCGAUCCUAGCGAGGUAUCGUGGGCGAUAGAAGGACAAACCCCUUUUGGAGAAAUGGUUGCGCGCAUGGGCCGUCAACGACAAGCGAGCGUCCAUGCCGACCCAACUACGGAAAAUGUUCUCGAUCGUUGGGUAAACAUGCUUCUCUCGCUACCUGCCAAAUUUCCGUAUGCUACACACGCAGAAAUCGUUUGGUGUGUCCAAAAAAUUGGCACAGCUGUGAUGAGAGAUCUUACUAUCGCCCAAGGUAAAAGCUUUGGUGCUUGGUGGGUAACUAAAUGUUGGUUAGACGAGAUGAUUGCAUUCAUGGCAGAGCAAGGAGGUUUUAUGCAGCGAGAACUCAGUCAAGGAACGAUGGGGGAUAUGCCUCAGAACCCAUCAUCGAGUCGAAGAAACAGUCAGCCAGAAGGUCGAUACAGUAGUGGGAAUGAUGAGUUCCUUGGGCGUGGGGCGAACGGUGAGCGGAACGUCUCAGGUCCUCGGCCAAUGGAUCUUGCAAGAGAGGCUGCAAUGAAUGCAGCUGCUGGUCAUGAUGAUAGUGGGAUUGGAAUGAGGACGCCUGAAGAUGAAUUUUCAAUGGGGAAAUAUGAAUUCGUCCAAGAUGAUGGGCAUACAUCGAUGGAAUCUAAUUCUCUUCAUGCUAUAUCACAAGGAUCCAUGUCUUGAGUUUUUGGAAGAAACUCUACGUAUUGGGUAAUUGGGUCAAAGGCGAGGCGUAAUGGAUGGUCAAGGGUUUGGAGUUGGAUAAUGCGACAGGGAAGGACGAUUUUUUAACGACCAACGAUUAUACGAAUGGCUGUAGAAUGGAUGGAUACCUAAGGUGUAAAAUUGGGAUGGUCUUGAUUAUCUUACUCGGGCGGCUUGAGUAUGUGUUCGCUGAUUUAUUGAAGAUUUUGGCUCAGCGCCAUUGGAGUAUCGGGUUGGAUGGCGUUUCCCGUGUGAAGGGUAGCUCUACUGUUAUAAUUAUCUAUAACGGGGAGUAAUGGUGAUAAGAAUGGAAACGCACAAAAUUUAGUUUCCAUAUAUGAUUCAAUACUGCUCAACCUGUUCUUCAAAGCUUUUCUUGUG